CCUUUCUGGCUCUCAGUAGCUUGGGGAGGGGAUUGGGGGCUGACUCCUGGGCUAGAACAUUUUGUCCACCCCUUCCUCCAAUCUUUUACCGCUUGAUCUUUCUGCUCUUGUCUCAGGAAUCUGGAUAUUCUUCACUCCUUCCCCAAGCCUCCUCCAGGGAGCCUUCCCUGACUGAGCCCGUUGCAGAUCGACUGGGACCGCUGUCUUCCACCGCUCUCUGCGUCAGCCUGCACCAAGGGGUCUGAGCCUCUGUGGCCCUCCUCCCCACUCUGGACGGUUCAGGCUUGGACCGAAAGCCUGGGCCUCGGAGGGGUGGACGGUGCGAUGGCGGAAGCGCGGCCCCGGGAGGAGCUGGCGGGCAGAGAAAGGUGGCUGGCGGCCAGCCCCGCCCCUACCUGUGUAAGCCUAUCCGCCCGCGCCUAGAGGAUAAAAGCGGCCAAGUCGCCCGGAGGUCAGCGAAUUCGGCCCCCUGUCGCCCGCCGCUCGGUCCAGCCCGGCCCAGCCAGCAUGUCCAUCCACUUCAGCUCCCAGGUCUUCAGCUCGCGCUCCUCCGCCUUCCCGGGGCGAGGCACCCAGAUGCGCCUGAACUCGGUGCGCCCGGGCGGCUUCGGCGGCAGCAGCAUCAGCCUCUACGGCCUUGGCGCAUCGCGGCCGCGCGUGGCAGCGCGCUCAUCCUACGGGGGCCCAGCGGGCGCCGGCAUCCGCGAGGUCACCAUCAACCAGAGCCUGCUGACCCCGCUGCAGGUGAACAUCGACCCCUCCAUCCAGCAGGUGCGCCAGGAGGAGCGCGAGCAGAUCAAGACCCUGAACAACAAGUUCGCCUCCUUCAUCGACAAGGUGCAGUUUCUGGAGCAGCAGAACAAACUGCUGGAGACCAAGUGGGCACUGCUGCAGGAGCAGAAGUCGACCCAGAGCAGCUGCCUCCUGGGCAUCUUUGAGGCCCAGAUUGCUGGCCUGCGGAAGCAGCUCGAGGUCCUGCAGCUGGACGGGGGCCGCCUGGAGGUGGAGCUUCGGAACACGCAGGACGUCGUGGAAGACUUCAAGAACAAGUACGAAGGCGAAAUUAACCGUCGCACGGCUGCUGAGAAUGAGUUUGUAGUGCUGAAGAAGGAUGUGGAUGUUGCCUACAUGAGCAAGGUGGAGUUGGAGGCCAAGGUGGACGCCCUGAAUGAUGAGAUCAGCUUCCUCAGGACCCUCUAUGAGGAGGAGUUGAAAGAGCUGCAGUCCGAGGUCUCAGACACGUCUGUGGUCCUGUCCAUGGACAACAGCCGCUCCCUGGACCUGGACGGCAUCAUCGCCGAGGUCAAGGCCCAGUACGAGGAGAUCGCCAAUCGCAGCCGGGCCGAGGCCGAGGCCUGGUACCAGACCAAGUUUGAGACCCUCCAGGCCCAGGCUGGGAAACACGGGGACGACCUCCGGAAUACCCGGAAUGAGAUUGCGGAGCUGAACCGGGCCGUCCAGAGGCUGCAGGCUGAGAUCGACAGCAUCAAGAAGCAGCGUGCCAAGUUGGAGGCUGCCAUCGCCGAGGCCGAGGAGCGUGGGGAGCUGGCCGUCAAGGAUGCACGUGCCAAGCAGGAGGAGCUGGAGGCCGCCCUGCAGCGAGCCAAGCAGGACAUGGCCCGGCAGCUCCGGGACUACCAGGAGCUCAUGAGCACCAAACUGGCCCUGGACAUCGAGAUCGCCACCUACAGGAAGCUGCUGGAGGGCGAGGAGAGCCGGAUGACCGGAGCUGGAGUGGGAGCCGUGAACAUCUCUGUGGUCAGUUCCACGGGCGGUGCUGGCAGCCGGCUGACCUUCGGGGGAACCAUGGGCAGCAAUGCCCUGAGAUUCUCCAGUGGUGGAGGGCCUGGGGCCCCCAAGGCCUAUUCCAUUAGGACCACAUCCACCCCCGGCAGGAGCACCCGCAACUGAGCCCCUGGUGUGGGGAGACACCAUCGUCUCAAAAGGACCUCCAUCCCUGGUCCCAUCCCUGGUCCCAAGACUGCAAGGCAGUCUGAAAAAUGAUGUCAGAAUAGCUUCCAAUAAAGCAGCUGCUUUCUGAGGCUUGGGUGAGCCCAUGCCCA